AUGUGCAGACAAGGCCAUCAGGUUGACGCUCAGCCCGUCAUUUCCGCUUGCCGCCUCGUCUCACUCCUCUCCCGCCCCGCCCCCCCUUCCCCUUGCUGGUUCCGAUGCCUGGAAGGGGACAAUGCAAUGUGCGUAGCCAGGGGACAACGCCUCCGCUUCUCCUUUUCCCCGUUGCCACUCCCCCUUCCCCCCCACCCUUUCCAGGUCAAGCUGCGCACAGACAAGACAGCACCAUCCGCGUGGCGAGGGCGAGGCAGAAACCUCCCCUUCCUCGCCUUGUUGCCGGACCUCCGCCCUCCUACUCGUCCCUUCCCCCCCUCUCGCAGGUUCAAGAUCAAGCUGCGCACAGACAACGCCAUCCGCGUGGUGAGGGCAAGGGCAGCACUCUCAUCCCCUUGUUCCCUCCCCUCCGGGCUCCCCCCUCCGCAGGUUCAAGAUCAAGCUACGCACGAACAACGCUAUAAGGGUGGCACGAGCAAGGUCGCACUACUGGAAGGGCGCGGAGCUGAAGCGGCUGAGGGCCAAGGAGGCUGCCAUCAAGCCCUUGCUGCUCCCUUCCCCCCACUCCAACCCCUCCCUUCUCCUCCUUACAGGUUCAAAAUCAAGCUACGCUCGGACAACGCUAUCCGCGUGGCGCGGGCUCGGUCGCACUACUGGAAGGGCGCGGAGGUGAAGUGGCUGAGGGCCAAGGAGGCGGAGAUCAGGCGGCAGCAGAGAGACUUUCGGCAGAAGCUUGCUUGGAUCAUGGCCAAACGCGCCAGGUGGGGUGGGGUGCUGGGGGGGAGUAUGGUGGGUGGGUUGGUGGUGGGGAGGGGAUUGAGCGCUGAGCAGGGGUAA